AUGGAAUCACUCAAUCUUGGUGUCGAGCGAGAGUCGCUGGACACCAACGUACCUUCUGAGGUUCCAAAGAUUGAUCAGCUCAGUGAUCCGGCACACUCCCAGGGAGAGGCUAUUGGAGGUACUAAUGGCACCGUUGACCGAGUUCUAAAGCGAAUACACAAGGAGAAGUUCACCGGUGCUAUUUUCAUUCACGCAGGUGCUGGCUUCCACAGUCAUCAGAACGAGAAGGUUCACCUCGAAGCUUGCAGCGAUGCCGCGAACAUGGGAAUGAGGUUUCUCAAGUCGGGUGCCUCGGCAACUCACGCUGUCGAGAUGGCUCUAAAGGUCCUUGAAGACAAAGAGAUCACGAAUGCUGGCUACGGUUCGAAUCUGUCUAUGGACGGAACCGUAGAAUGUGAUGCGACUGUCGUCGACCAUCUGGGACGGAGUGGUGCUUGUGGAGCUGUUCCAAACAUCCGGAAUCCCAUUUGUCUUGCAAAACUGAUUCUUAACAAGAGCCAUCAACCUCUAUCUUUGAGACGAGUUCCGCCAAACAUCCUAGUAGGAGAAGGCGCGAAGAACUUCGCCAUGGAGCACGGCAUGCAAACCGUUCCGAACGACCGCUUGAUCUCCAAGAACGCUAGGGAUCGGUUUCUUCGAUGGCAAGAAGACCUCAAGCGAGCCGAAGAGAAAUUAAGGCAGGGAGCAUCUCGCAGAAGUCCCGGAGAGACCCCCGAUGUCUCCCGCCAGUACGAACCCGUGCCUGGCUCAGCAAGAAUAGCCCCAGGCCAGCGAGAUCAUGCCAGUGCCAUUCUCACAGGAACUUGGAACGAGGGUCAGCCGGAUUCUCCGCACCGAAGCUCACCUGCAUUGGAUAACCAGGCUCAAGGCCAAUCUCAAAGCAGUUCUGCAAUGUCGUACUUUCGAACUUCGCCGCAACAAGGAAUGGACAGGUCAGCCCUGAGCUAUAUCGGUGCCUCGUUACCCUCUGCGAAUAAGUCUCGAGCCCAGCUUUGGCAGGAAAGAGCCUCUCCACCUCCUGAUUCCAGUCACUUGGCAAACCAGGCGAAUCGCGAUGGCACAUUUUCGCCCCCUUCGUCGGACGGAGCCAAGCACGCCAGCACAAUUGCACAGCUACAGGCGUGUAGUCCUCGUGGUAUUAAGAGACCAUUCUCUGCUACCGGUAUUGAGGAGGAGGAGGAUAUUAUCACCGACACCGUUGGAGCCAUUGCCAUUGACGACAAGGGACACAUUGCGGCAGGCUCGUCAUCUGGAGGCAUUGGUAUGAAGCAUCGAGGGCGCAUAGGGCCCGCCGCUUUGGUGGGCAUCGGAUCAGCAGUUGUGCCCUGCGACCCGGACGACCCUGACCAAGUCAGCGUGGCUACUGUGACCAGCGGUACUGGAGAGCACAUGGCCACCACGAUGGCGUCUCAGCGAUGCGCGGAGCGAAUCUAUGGCAACACUCGCAGGGGGCCGAACGGAAGAGACGUCGAGGAGUGGGAUGAAGAUACUAUCAUGGAAUCAUUCAUCACGAACGACUUCAUGGGCCACCCCGGCGUCAAGAACUGCAAUUCGGUCGGAGCGAUUGGCGUGAUGACGGUCAAGAAGACGCGGACGGGGUACUAUUUAUACUUCGCGCACAACACUGACUCCUUCGCGCUCGCUUCGAUGGGUGGCUCCGACAGGCAGCCUGUGUGCGUCAUGUCUCGUCUGGGAGAGUCGGCUCAAGUCACACGGGGUGCUCGGCGCAUACGGGUCGAUCUAGGGUCUUGA